AUGGAGAUAGGAAAUCACUCUGCUGUGACUAAAUUCUUUUUGGUGGGGCUUUCCAGAUACCCAGAGCUCCAGCUAUCCCUUUUCGUGUUCUGCCUCAUCAUGUACUUGAUAAUCCUCCUGGGAAAUAGCCUUCUUAUUAUCAUCAGUAUCCUGGAUUCUCGCCUUCACACCCCUAUGUACUUCUUCCUUGGGAACCUCUCAUUUUUGGACAUCUGUUACACAUCCUCUUUCGUCCCUCCGAUGCUUAUCAUAUUUAGAUCUGAGAGUAAAUCCAUCUCUUUCACUGGCUGCGCUCUACAGAUGGUUGUCUCCCUUGGAUUGGGAUGCACUGAGUGUGUUCUCCUGGCUGUGAUGGCUUAUGACAGAUACAUGGCCAUCUGUAAUCCACUGAGAUACCCCAUCAUCAUGAACAGGAUACUCUGUGUGCACAUGGCUGCUUGGUCUUGGAUCACAGGCUGUCUGAACUCUCUAGUACAAACAGUUCUAACAAUGAUGUUACCUUUCUGUGGAAACAACGUCAUUGACCAUCUUACCUGUGAGCUACUGGCUCUUCUUAAACUCAUCUGCUCAGAUAUCACCAUCAAUGUGCUUAUCCUAACAGUGGCAAGUAUUGUCUUUUUAGUGAUACCUCUAAUGUUAAUUUUCAUUUCUUAUGUUUUCAUCCUCUCUACCAUCCUGAGACUUAACUCCACUGAAGGGAGAAAGAAAGCUUUUUCUACCUGCUCAGCCCAUCUGGCUGUGGUAAUAUUAUUUUACGGUUCAGCUCUUUUUAUGUACAUGAAACCAAAAUCAAAGGAAACAAAGACAUCUGAUGAGAUAAUUGGGCUAUCUUAUGGAGUAGUAACUCCGAUGUUGAACCCUAUCAUUUACAGUCUGAGGAACAAAGAGGUAAAAGAGGCUGUGAAGAAAGUCCUAAGCAGACACUUGUACUCACGGAAAAUAUGA